AUGCGGGUACCAGAUAAGCUCGUUAUAUUCACGCCCCACUCGCUCGUACAAGACAGCCGUCUGAACGGAAUCCGCUCUGACGAUCGACUCAAACACUUUGCCGAUGUAAUAGCUUCUCGGGCUCAGACGGAACUCCAUGUGCCCUGUGUUUUGAUAAAAGCCACAGAGGAGCAGGAAAUUAACAAGUCCUUCGAAAAUCUUCAGCGAUUCCUGGCUGGUGCCAACGCAGCUAUUCUAGUGGUGUCUGGUGAUCAUGCGCACAUCCUAGACAGCCUCUACCCAGUGCUUCUUGUUUUUCUGACUGUCAAUCCGCAAUGGAGGAAGCAGCUGCUCCUUGUCUUCCUAGGUGAUCCGAUAAGGAUGGAGAAGUUUGAGCCUUCUGUUUUCGAAAACGAACCGGUCAUAUUUCAGCGAACGUCCACUAAUGACUGGGCUGAUAACCAACAGAGUUGGAAAGAACUGAUGAAUGGUAUUCACAGUGAGUGCCUCCUUUGUCUAGUUAUAUUACCUGUCGUCAUUCUCCUUUAAGUGUGCGCCUUUUGAGGUGUUAGAGGCAACCAGCUAUUGUCUGCGUAAGUGCAAAGAACGACUUCUAAUUAAUCAUGGUCCUUAAGAUACUGUUUGAAAGGAUAACCGUUUCUGACAAAGGAUUAUUGCAAGUAAUAACUGCUGUAUAAAAGUAUAAAAUUCAGUGGUUAUAAUUCUCAAAUUUUCAAUUUCUUUAAGCCAUCUGCACACCUUCUGAACAAGGAUGCUGAGAAUUGGCUUUGGGGUUCUUACACUUGGCUCUUACAGCCUGGUGACGGUCAGUUAUACAUCACUUUUUUGGACGUAGAUAAGAGCGAGUUUAAAAGCAACACUAAGGGGGUACAUCACUAGAAACUCUAUGGAGACCGUAAAUUUUCUAAUAACCAAACAUUCUUCAGCUUAAACAGACUAUAGAAAACGGUAGAGCUUUGAAAAGCAGUACCGGCUAUCCUAAAAACGGGCUGAACUGAACAGUCACAACGCAUAUCUCCAGACGGACAUGAGCCGCCGACGUCCAGCUUCUAUUUCGAACAGAGCUGCCGUCGACAAGCCUGUCAAAAUGCCGAAAACUUCAACUCACGCCUGCCAGCCAGAAUGAGCACAGAAAAGGCGGCGUGACACAUAAGAUGUCACAAGAUUUCCUAGAAAAUCCCCUUGGAGCAGAGGCCUCCCAGACAGAGUCCUCAAAGUUUUAUAUCACCAAAGAGAUAAAGGUUCCUGAAAGAAAGUUAUAAUUUGGUUGAUAAAUUAUCAUUUUAUUACAAAAUGAGAAAAUUGAUGUUUCAGUGAGAGUCAGGGAUCCAGAAAAUGGUCAUAUUAAAAUUCACUUAGCUAAGGUUUAGCAAGACAGCACAAAGCGGGGAGAAGUGCGGCUUUAAGUAAACCAAUCCAAAAUACUAGCAGACACAGAGUAUGAGUACUUGGUUGGCAGCUCUUUUGAAUGGAAAGCACUGGUAAAUCUGACGACAAUUCAACCGUCGCUGCCGAUGAUGUCCACCGUGUGCCCUACAGCAGGCUGAGAGUAGGGACGAUGACUUGCGUGUGAAUUCGUUUAUAGUGGUAGUAGACUUGCAGGCAUAUGCCGCACCCUCUCCUCUUCCCCUACCUGGGCCCGGUGUCAAGACAGAGUCAAGAAGACCGGAGGCGGGGGAGGGUGCAGGUGGAUGGCAUGGCCGAGCCCGCACCUUGGCGCUCCACUCCACACCCCCUGGUCCACAACAAACACUUGACCAGGAUUUUAACGAACAACGAAAAUGGGGGGGAGGCAGCAUGGGGCCCAAUGUAUGCGACUUCUGCUGACAACCGGGUCUGUCACCACACUCCGAAAUUUUGGCAUCUGUCAUGGUGUGCAUUCCGCUAACGACUUCCAGAGUCCGAUAUGGCCCCCGUGUUGGUCCAGCGCAUCUACCGCGUGGCCCGUUUGAGGGCCACAGCAAAUCUGACACGAUAGUCCGACCGCCGUUGCCGACGAUGUCCGCCAUGUGCUCCAUAGUAGGAUGAGAGCAGAGACGGUGACUUGUGCGUGAAUUAGUUUAUAAUGAUAGUAAACUUGCAUACUCUCUCUCUCUCCCCACAACUAGGCCCGGUGUCAAGACAGAGUCAAGAAGACCGGAGGCGGGGGAGGGUGCAGGUGGAUGGCACCUUGGUGUUCCACUCCACACCCUCUGGUCCACACAGCAAAUGACCAGGUUCUGAAUCAAUAACAGCAACAAUGGGGUAGGGGAGAGGGCCCCAGUGUGCACGAUGUCUAACGGCAACCGGGUCUGCCACCGAACCCCGAAAUGUUGGUAUUUGUUAUGCUGUGCAAUCCGAUAUGGUCCCCGUGUUGGUCCAGCGCAUCUAUCAAGCGGCCCGUUUGGGGGGCACGGUAUCCAAUGGACGUCGGUUAAUGCCAUAGUAGUCGAAGGCACUAUUCCCAAUGUCGAUAAACACCUUGCUGCUGCCAGUGUCUGAUGAGGACCAUCAGAUUGGCUGCUCUCUGAAUCUUAUGAUCUUCAAAGGCAUCAGGCCCAAACAAUUAUUGAAAUUCAUCAUUGGCACGGUGUUCUUCUAGGCGGUAUAUCCUGCAUAUAUGACCACCUCACCCGUUCUCGCAGACUUGUCUGCAAGACCUCAUCGCAAAAGCAACUGCCUUUUCAGGAUGAGAGUUGACGAUCAACCUGUUCCUUAGCAAAUAAAAACCGUCUCUAGACAGGCUGCCACUUAAAAGCGUAGUAGUCACAGCGCUUCGCAAGUGAGUAAACAUUCCCUCAUCCUUUCUUAAAUAACUCUCAAGAGAAAACUGCGAACUGCCCUCUGAAUAUGGUCUUAAGAGAUAUACUAAAACUUUUUAUCGUCUGAAAAGUAAAAUCACCGCCUUACCUACAUGUGGCGUGGUUCUGUCGCCAAAUUUCUGUUACAGAGUGGACUUACCAAUACUGCAAAUACUUUCCAACGGUCCAGGCAGCAGCCUUUUUGCUAAUUCUCGCAUUGGUUCAGAGUCGGUGGCACCAAAAACCCCUCUCCAUCUUCUUAUCGGACUGCGCGAAAGAGAAGGGUGAUGGGGCGCAGUGGGCACUCCGCACAUGCUCGUUUACGUCGAACAAUUUUCAGUGCAGUUAAGCGACCUCUUAUCCACCAAACAUAGUACUGUUUGCUGGGACACAAAAUGCCAGCAAUUUGUAAGGCAUAAGUUCUAAAGUCGGAUCCACUCCUCCUUUCUUGUAAAGAAUAGUUUUUCAUAUCUGCCCACACCCGGCUUUCACAGACGCAAAAUUCGAAUUUUUGGCUCUAGAAGGUGCCUUGUCUGAAUGCUUGUCGUUUGUAUUAAUGCCUCUUUACGUCGGAAUACGAGUGAAGUGCAGCAGCUCUGGAGCGAACUCCGUACCCGAAUUAGACAUUUAACACCUCAAACAAAGUAACCGGGCGGAAAUAUCGUCAGCCCAUUUAUUUUCCUUUAGCUGUCCGAAUUUCACUCGUAGCAUUUCGUGGGCCAUGUCAAUUUCUGUAUAGUGCUUUUUGAUAGAGUCAAAGGCGGGACGCCAAUAAAUCGGGAGUUGACUGCUCGGCGUAAAAUAGGGAGAUUAGCGAUCCUGGUCCAUCUGUUGGCACUCUUAUUAUUGUUCUGUGAAUGCUGAUUUCUCACAUUAUUUCCUGAGUUUGUAUAAUUUAGCUUUGUUCGAACGAAACCAGUUGAUUUGCUUCGAAAUUUUGUCUACUGUCUCUGAUGAAAGGGACUUUGGUGAUAAACAGGGAGAUCAGCAUAUUUUUUUAAAUCAGGACAGUUAAAACAAGGGUGUUGGCUUCCGAUUUCUAUGUGUACUUCAUGGCGACAACUUUCCUCAUGUGAUCCUUCCGACAAUAUUAGGUAAUGCCCAAGUCCGCCUUCUUCCUACGUCCCUUCUCAGCAACGUCGUUGACAUAAGUGUUAUCUCCACCAUUACGGAUAGUAACAGCAUAGUGUAAGCAAUCGUGCGAAUGGAAACACCGUAUACCUCCGCGCUUGACGAACUUACUUCUUUUUUAAAAUAUCUGGGGAACUACACACAGAAGAAGCAAUCAACAGCACUAUGGGUUGAUAUGUAACGAGCCCUGCAUUCAGCACCUCUCACUAACUGUAUACCCAAAGAUAAACGUAGCCUUGCCAAGCCUUAUUUAAUCGCUGAUUGGUCAUAUUCCUGUCAGUUGAGUGGUUAAGCCACAUUUAUUCGUGUUCUUUCAUCCCCUCGUUUAUGGCCACAGCGCAUGUUGCUCUACGUUUCCAGGCCAUUAACUAGCGUCGGCAGAUUGGGAUUGUGUUUACAAAGUGUGGCCUUGCUUCGUCGGUCGAGAGUCCUCACAGACAGUCGCCUAGCGUGUUGCGUAUUAUUUCCUGCGCUCGGGCCAGAGAGGUCAGUUCCAUCGCCAGGCGAAUUUGAAUAGUCACGACGACAAUCGAGGGGCGCAUAUCCGUGGCACAGCCAAAUGAAACUCGUAGCCGUCUAAAAUGUCAUGCAUUCCCUGCGCGAACUCGGGGGGCGAAGAUGACAGACGAGGACCAAUAAGACGGAAAUACCAGCACCGGUCUCCCAGUUUUUUUUUCUAUGGGUAUUGCAAAUGGAAACACCCAAGGUCUUAGAGACUGCUUGUAGAAUAGAGAUGUUUGACCGCUUACGAAUUCUCUCGAUCGUCUUUCGGAAAAACUGCAUAAACUUUGUCGGCAGUCUCGUGUGAGAAUGUACAAACGGUAUUUUAUGAUUAAAGUCGUCCCCUGAGAAAAAAUAUCGACUAGCCAUAAACGUUCCCAGAAAAGGAUUGUCCUUUGAUUGAGUCUGUUUCUGAUUUCAGUUAGCAAAGUGGAAGAGACUAGAUUAAACGACCUCAUUUUUAUGAGAGAAGCCUUGUGAAAAGAAAAUUUGAUAAGAUGUGGUUUGGUAGCCCCAUCUGAUGGACACAAUACUGUUGGGGUUGGGGUUAAGGGUUAUGGUCAAGCGUUAGGGUUAGGGUUGAAGGUUAGGGUUGGGGUUUGGGGUUUAGGAUAAAGGGCUAUAAUUAGGGGCUGGGGUUAGGGUUAGGAGUUAGCGCAACUAUUUCUCAACUAUUGAAAGUACAACCACGCACUCACACUAGCUUUUCUUUUGCAUUCAAUUACUUGACCUCGUCGCCUGUGCGUUCCCCGGUCCCACCUGUAAAAAACCCUAUCACCACCGGUCCGCACCGGUCCCCUAUGAGAGGUGCCUGGGGUUUGUUUACUUCAGGUGGGGCUGCCAAACCACAUAAGACCAAAAAUUGUUCCCGAGUUAGACACCACUAUCCUCAACCUACACGUUAAUCUUCCACGCUGGAGGCAAUCCAAAUGAGUAAUAUCCGCAUGUACAGCCUAUAUACUUAGGCAGGGUUUUGGAUCACAGUCUAUGUGUGGAACACUGCUCCGAUUUAAAACAAUUAAAAUAACAGUUUUUACAUAACACCUCGGACAGUCUGUCUUAGCAACAACCCCUCCAAAUGACCUCACCAGUCAGGAAGUUAAUGCAACAAAAUUCCGUUCCAAUCACUUUCAUAAGCGUUUCCCCCAUCCACAACAAUGGUACUGUACUCUCGUAGGGAAUCAGAUUGAGUCUCUACGUUCCAAAUACAUCAAGCAAUUGGAUAAGAAGGGUUUUUUCCAGAAAAUAGUGAAAAUAUUAUAUGUGUGAAGGGAAAUCGCUAGACUGAGAAGAACCUGCAGGACACGAUUCAAUAAGGGAAGAAGACAAAUCGUCGCGGUUGCGUCAGUUUGUGUGCAGGUAUUUGACCACUUAAAUUUGGGUCACAGUAACUGCGGGGUCUGUUAGAAGUUCUAUCAGAAUACACUUUGUAAACUGCCUUACCCGCCUAAAUGGCAUCCUCUAGGUGGUCGCUGUCUACCCGAUCAAAAAAGUCGAUCUGAUGCUCUUUUUAAUUUUACUUUCCCCAACAUGCUUCCUCACUAAGGUCAGCUUCGCAGGAGCAGAUGGAAGACUGAAUAUAAAUCUAGAUCAUCUGAAGUGGCUGUUUGCAUUUGUCUCAGCAGUGGAACUGGGCCUAUAAAGGACUGUGGGGGAACUUUCCCCUGGGAGAAAACAUGUGAGGAAGACGAAGCCAACCGUAGCAUUUAUAUCUAUCUGGGAUGUCACUUUGGAAAGACGGUUUUGCAAAGAGUAUAUUACUUCCGGAAGUAAUCUUUAUGAAUUCUGUAUUCUUACUUGAUAGCUUAUUGUUAGUAACCACUCAACCUCAGUAUCUGAUGAUGCCUCCUUACAUCUUAUCGCAUGCAGUCUGGUGCAUAGGUCCAUUUUGGUCCGUUUGACCAAUAACAAAUCAACUUCCGUUUACGACUGAGGUUUACAUAACUCUUAAAAUCCAUAUACUACUCAAACAGGCUUUUUCUUGUCGAGGUCUCUUCUCUUUGUUCACUGAAGCCAUCUGCUUGAAAGAAUAUCUAGACACGGAUUCGGUUCGUCACUUGCAGGCUGAUUGCUAUUCGGAGCAAAAAGUAUUUAAUUAAAGUCAGUUUUGUCAGGUCGUUGACGAGGAAUACCUAUUCGUAGACAGAUUACCCAGAUAGAAAAAGACGCCAGAAUGCCCGCGAUUAUUGAGAGGUUUCGUGAAUUUAACUUUUGACCCUUAGAAACAGGCAGAACUAUGGCUGUCAGAUGCUAUCCUCAUAAAAUAUUUUACCUCACAUAUAGAGAGACAUUACAAGCCUAUGGCGUAAGAAGGAUUGCGCCACGAUUCUGCGCAGACACCUAUUUUUGGAUAUGGUUUCCGAUUACCUCUAGGCUUUUAUUCUUAAUUUUUGACCUCAAAAUAUAGCAGCCACCCUUGUUUACUUUUUGGCCUAUUUGAGUAUUUCUAAUGCGAAAGGCUUGUUUUGAGUUUGUCUCCGUGAAUCUGAUUAGACGGUUAAGUAUUCCCACCGUAGCAUAUUAUAGGGUUCUUUAAAGUUUUGCUCAAUUCUGAAAUAACGCAUGCCUGUUAAUUAGGUCUGUUUAUUGCCACUCACGCCCUAAGCAUAGCAACGUACACGCCCAAAAAGAAAUGAUCUUAAGUGCGCUCUGUGCACAUGGGGGGCAGCAGUUUUGUAGAGCGUGCCAAGCCUCCUUCGAGGCCUCCUGAUCUUCAAAUCAAGGUUCUUCUCCGACGCGCCCUACGUCUAAAAAAUACUGUGAGCACCAGGAGACAGGUAUCCAAGUCAGCCGCCCCCCCCCAUGACGCCACCGAUGGCACAUUUGAAUAGCGCCCAGCAGUAGAUUUGUUCACUCCGCCUGCUGGCAAGCAAAGUGAGGAUCCACUCAGACUUACACUUUCAGCUCAUAUUGCCUCCGUAAAUCGAUUAUGCCCAAGUACGCAUUAAAGCAGUCACUGUCAGGUGUUGUCAGAAAUAAAAAACACGCUCGUCAAGCAGACGUAUUCCUUUAGGUGAAAUCGUUUGCUUCUUCCUUCUGGUCAGCUUGACGUUCUGCUUUUUUUUUAAAAAACUCCGCCCCGUCCGUUUUAGAUACUCAAAUACCGGAAGGCGCUGAGGAGCUGGAGACUCCCAAAAACAACUUCUUCCGCAGCAGAGCCAUGUUCGCUGUUGCGGCCGCAGUCGGACUGGGUCUCCUCUACAGAUAUCGAAAUGGCUUCUCUCACUAG